GUAGAUGUGGGUUUGUUAUGAAGAGGGAGAAUCUUAAUGGCGAAAUUGUGGAAUAAAUCGUAGCUUGCCAAUGUAAAUGUCUAAAGGAAAGAAAUGGAAAUUUUUGACGGCACGAUAGAAUUUGAACAAGUCUUUUGUUUCAAGUGUCCUGAAUGCGAAUUCGUUAGUCGUGUUAAAGAUGAAGUCUCUGAACAUUUAAAAAAAGACCACCAAAUUGUGAUUGCAGAAGUUGUGAAUGCAAAUGCAACUAUUGAGUCGUCAGAUUUUUUGCUUGAUGGCUGUGAUGAAGAACCAAAUGAAAUUAAUGAUAGCCAAAUACUUCAUCAUGGUCCUGUUAGCUCUUCAGUUCAAGAAGGUUUUACCUGUACCGUAGAAAAAUGUGGAGUUCGUUGGGAACUUGAAUACAAUGCCCAGUAUCAUACAAAAUGUCACUAUGAGAGUGGCUUCAGAUGUCCAGAAUGUAGUGAGACAAAAUCGUCUUGGAAAGCAAUGACUAUGCAUCUAUGGAAGGGUCACUCGAUCAAUCUUGAGUUGCUCAGCUGUCAUUUGUGUGGCUACAAAACAGGGAAAAAAGAGCUGCUGAAAUUUCACAUAAAGACUCACUGUGAUCAGCGAACUUGCCUCUGUGAUGAAUGUGGUAAGGGGUUUAAAAAUAUGAAGCAGCUUAGAAAUCAUAAAGAGUUACACUCACUUAACAAAGGAUCUAAAGAACAACUGAAAAACAAAUGUGCAGACUGUGGAAAGAUAUUAAGCAGCGGUCGUCUGCUGCGUGCCCAUCGCAAUGCCGUCCAUCUGAAAAUGCGUUCUCACCUUUGCAGUUAUUGUGGUUACAAUACUACAUCACAUUCAAGUUUAAGAAUUCACCUACGACAGCACACCAAUGAGAAACCAUUUACAUGUGAAACUUGUGAUUAUCAAACAGCCGAUCACAAUUCGCUUAGACGGCAUCGCAUGAAGCACACGGGAGAGAAGCGGUACAAGUGUCCACAUUGUCCAUAUGCGUCAAUUCAGGCAUCAACGUACAAAGUGCAUCUAAAGAACAAACAUCCUGGUUUGAGCGACGAACUCGUUUUUUCCUGCCAAUUUUGUAGUUUCCGUACGAUUCGAAAAGAGCAGCUCAGUUUGCACACAACCUGUGUACACGCAGGUGGAAACCAAGUACCUGAAGAUGCUCGUACAGUUGGUAGCACAUGAUUCAAUGAGAGCUGUUACUCUCGUCACAUUAUUAGAGCUGCACGACAUCUGAAAACAUUCUCCAUUUGACUGUUUGCGCUGCUUAGUGCCGACGAUGCAACACGGUCCUUGUACAAGCAUACACUACGUUAACAAUAGAAGCUUAUUAAAAGUA